ACAUUGCAAAUGUUUUUCUUUCUCUUCUUUUCAUUCUCUUUUUCCCUUUAUACCCUUCGUGUGUAAUAAAAAUCCCAUUUUUAGAGAGAGAGAGAGAGAGAGAAUGAGAGGUGGGUGUUUAACAAAAGUAGAUGGAAAAUGACAAGAAAGAGAGAGAGAGAGAGUAUAAAGGAUUUAAUGUGAAAAGAGAGAUAAAAUAUAUAUAAAUUUUGACAAAUUUUAUUUAGAUUUUAGAGUGAGAGAAAGUGGGGUGUGUGGGUGAGUGAGCAUUGAGGCAGUUUUAUUGGAAUUUUGUGAAACCAGAGCUAAAAAAAUCCAAUCUUUACACCAAAGUUCAUAACUUUGACCCUUUCUCUCGAGUAAGAGAAGAGAAGAGAGAGAGAGAGAGAGAGAGAGAGAAUGGUGAUGAAUGUGGUUUGAGCUUCAAGUUUUUCAACUUGGGUAGUAGAGAGUGAGCUAAGCUAAGCUAAUCUUCUUCUUCUUCUUCUUCUUCUUGUUUUGAUCUUUUGGCUUUGAGAGUCAUUUUUCCUUGGUGGGUUUUUGAAAAGAUGGGAGUUUUGAGUAGAAAGAUGAGAAGUUUAAUGGUGGUUAUAUGUAUAUGGGGUUUGGUUUCUUUCUCUUCUUCUUCCUUUGCUGCUCGGUUAAAUCCAUCAAGACAGAAGCUUGAGGUUCAGAAACACCUCAAUCGGUUGAACAAGCCUGCCGUGAAAAGCAUUGAGAGCCCAGAUGGAGACAUAAUAGACUGUGUUCAUAUCUCUCACCAGCCUGCUUUUGAUCAUCCUUUUCUCAAAGACCACAAGAUUCAGACUAGGCCAAGUUACCAUCCAGAAGGACUAUUCCAAGACAAUAAGGUCUCUGAAAAGGCUAAGGAAAAGACAAACCCAAUGACUCAGUUAUGGCAUGUGAAUGGUAAAUGUCCUGAAGAUACUAUUCCUGUGAGAAGAACUAAAAAAGAUGAUGUUUUGAGAGCAAGUUCAGUUAAAAGAUAUGGUAAGAAGAAGCAUAGAUCUAUUCCUAAGCCAAGGUCUGCAGAUCCUGAUCUUGUCAAUGAGAGUGGUCAUCAGCAUGCAAUAGCUUAUGUAGAAGGGGACAAGUACUUUGGAGCAAAAGCAACCAUAAAUGUAUGGGAACCUAAGAUUCAACAACCAAAUGAGUUUAGUUUGUCUCAGCUAUGGAUUCUUGGUGGAUCUUUUGGUGAAGAUCUUAACAGCAUUGAAGCUGGUUGGCAGGUCAGCCCAGAUCUAUAUGGUGAUAACAACACAAGACUUUUCACCUACUGGACUAGUGAUGCAUAUCAAGCCACAGGGUGCUAUAAUCUCUUGUGUUCUGGCUUUAUUCAAAUCAAUAGUGAAAUUGCAAUGGGUGCAAGUAUAUCUCCUGUUUCUGGCUUUAGAAAUUCACAAUAUGAUAUCAGUAUCCUUGUUUGGAAGGAUCCAAAAGAAGGGCAUUGGUGGAUGCAAUUUGGGAAUGACUAUGUAUUGGGUUAUUGGCCAUCAUUCUUGUUCUCAUACUUAGCUGAUAGUGCUUCCAUGAUUGAAUGGGGAGGUGAGGUUGUGAACUCAGAACCAGAUGGUCAACACACAUCAACACAAAUGGGAAGUGGUCAUUUUCCUGAAGAAGGUUUUGGUAAAGCAAGUUACUUUAGAAACAUUCAAGUUGUGGAUGAAUCAAACAAUCUCAAAGCACCUAAAAGCAUUGGUACCUUCACUGAAAAAUCAAACUGUUAUGAUGUUCAAACUGGUAGUAAUGGUGAUUGGGGUCAUUUCUUUUACUAUGGUGGUCCUGGUAGAAAUCCCAAUUGCCCUUAAACAAAAUUACCAUUUUACCCUUUUCUUUUACCAUAAUGUAUCAUUCAAAACCAACCUCUCUUAAGUAGUUUUCUUCUUCUUCUUCUUCUUCUUCCUCUUUUGUAUACCCUUUUUUUUCUUCUUAACAACCAACAUGUGACCCCCCCUUUUUCUGUAGUUUUGGCAAGUUUUUUGACUCUUUUAUUUUUCUUUCUUUUUUCUCUUUUUACUACUAAAAGAUUCUCUUCCAUGUAAGUGGGUGGUGGUGGUGGUGGUGGUGGUGGUGGGGUGUGAGGACUAGAGAUUAUGGCCAAAGUUUCUGAAAAGCUUAAAAGAAACAGGCCUUUUUAAUAUUACUAUAGUGUUGUCUUGUCUAGUCUUCUCUCUUUUUCUACCUUUGUAUUCUAUUUUUUGUGUGCUCCUAUCUUGGGAGUGGCUUUGUUAAUUUUAAUGAAAUGAAUAUGAAUGAAUUAAUGAA